AUGUGGCGAUUAUGCCGAAAAUCACCGAGGCAGUUAAGAAACUCGGUUGAUUCCUGCUUCAACAAGCUCAAUGCUAGACAGUUUUCCAUCAGUUCAUUUCAAUCGGCAAAAGAUGAUAAGUCCGUGCUCAAACAACAAGAAGUACUCCACCUUCUGGCUAAAGAUCAGAGAUUCGAAGAGAGGCUUUUCAACCAAGUUCAGCAGACAGUUCGUUAUUUCGCUCAAAAACCGAAUGAUCUAAAAAAGUUUUUCAAAAAAGAUGCGAACAAUAAUUCCACAGAAAAAAAGGAAACCUCUUCGAAUAAAGACAGUAGUGGUGGAAAGAAAGGAGAAGACAAUAAUCCCUUUAAUCAAUUCCCUGGAGGAUGGCAACAGAUCGCCGUAUCAGCAGGAAUCCUGAUUGCUCUUUACUUGUUCAUGGAUUAUCAAUCAUAUCGUGAAAUCUCAUGGAAAGAGUUUUACAGUGACUUCUUAGAGCCUGGACUUGUUGAGAGACUCGAAGUAGUUGAUAAAAGAUGGGUUCGAAUUGUUAGCUCAUCUGGAAAAUAUGCAGGACAAACAUGUUACUUCAAUAUUGGAAGUGUAGAUAGUUUUGAACGAAGUCUAGGAGCUGCACAGCAUCACCUUCAGUAUGACGCCGACCGUCAAAUUCCAGUUCUCUAUAAAUCUGAGUUCAAUUUCAAACGUGAGAUUCCGAAUCUCAUCAGUGUAGCUUUUCCGCUUCUCUUCGGUUAUUACAUCUAUCGAAUGUUGAAAGGAGGAGGAGCUGCUGGUGGAGCUGGAAGAGCUGGCGGAGGCGGUCUUGGAGGAAUGUUUGGAGGAUUUGGACAAAGUACUGCUCGUCUUAUCAACAAGGAGGACAUCAAAGUAAAGUUUUCUGAUGUAGCCGGCUGCGAAGAAGCGAAAAUUGAGAUCAUGGAAUUUGUCAACUUUUUGAAAAAUCCUCAGCAAUAUAAGGAUCUUGGAGCUAAAAUUCCCAAAGGAGCCAUUCUGACCGGACCCCCUGGAACAGGGAAAACUCUCCUCGCAAAAGCAACGGCAGGAGAAGCAAAUGUGCCAUUCAUUACUGUCUCCGGAUCCGAGUUUCUUGAAAUGUUUGUUGGUGUAGGACCAGCAAGAGUUCGUGACAUGUUCUCAAUGGCGAGAAAGAAUUCUCCAUGUAUUUUAUUCAUUGAUGAAAUUGACGCUGUUGGUAGAAAAAGAGGAGGAAAAGGAGGAAUGGGUGGACAUUCUGAACAAGAAAACACACUUAAUCAACUUCUGGUCGAGAUGGACGGAUUUACUACCGACGAAUCAUCCGUUAUUGUUAUUGCUGCUACUAAUAGAGUUGAUAUUCUCGAUUCUGCUCUUCUACGUCCCGGUCGUUUUGAUAGGCAAAUCUACGUUCCUGUUCCAGACAUCAAGGGAAGAGCCUCCAUCUUCAGAGUUCAUCUUGGUCCAUUGAGAACCUCUCUUGACAAAACAGUUUUGUCUAGAAAACUAGCUGCUCACACUCCUGGAUUUUCUGGAGCUGAUAUUUCAAACGUGUGUAACGAAGCUGCACUCAUUGCUGCGAGAGAUGCUAACGACGAGAUCUCAAACAAGCAUUUUGAGCAAGCUAUUGAACGUGUUGUCGCUGGAAUGGAGAAGAAAACUCAAGUUUUACAAAAGGAAGAAAAGAAGACUGUUGCUUAUCACGAGGCAGGCCAUGCCAUUGCCGGAUGGUUUUUGGAAUUCGCAGAUCCACUUCUCAAAGUUUCAAUCAUUCCACGUGGAAAAGGACUUGGUUAUGCACAGUAUCUUCCUAAAGAGCAGUAUUUAUAUUCGAAGGAGCAACUUCUCGAUAGAAUGUGCAUGACCCUUGGAGGACGUGUGGCCGAAGAAAUCUUCUUUGGAAGAAUCACUACAGGAGCUCAAGACGAUUUGCAGAAAGUCACUCAAAUGGCUUAUUCUCAGGUUGUGAAAUAUGGAAUGAGCGAAAAGGUUGGACCACUUUCUUUCGAAACACCAGCUCCUGGCGAAAUGGCAUUCGAUAAGCCGUACUCGGAAGCAACAGCUCAACUCAUUGACCAAGAAGUUCGAGACCUUGUGAUGAAUGCACUCAACAGGACGCGUAAUCUAUUGUUAGAAAAGAGUAAGGACAUUGAACGUGUUGCUUUGAGACUCCUUGAGAAGGAAAUUCUUAACCGAGAGGAUAUGAUUGAAUUAGUUGGAAAACGGCCAUUCCACGAGAAAAACACAUACGAAGAAAUGGUUUCUGGAACCGGAGGACUUGAUGAGAACGUUGAGCUGCCGAAGGGACUUGAAAACUGGAACAAAGAAGGUGAUAAGAAAGAAAACAAUGAGAAAAAGAAAGACGAAUAA